AUGUGGACAGUUCCGAAGCCAAAAUAUAGAACAGGUUUGUGCGAUGAGGGGGAGAUUGCUGUGAACAUUGGCGGAGUCCGAGUAGUGCUUUUCGGGGAUGUUUUGAACCGCUACCCGGAGAGCAGACUGGCGGAGCUGCUGAACUCCUCAACUGAGAGUUCUGAGGUGAUCUCGUCGCUUUGUGAUGACUUCGACCCGGGAAGAAAAGAGUUUUACUUCGACCGAGAUCCCGACGCCUUCAAGUGCAUCAUCGACGUCUACUACUUUGAUGAAAUCCACAUCAAACCCGGCAUUUGCCCGAUUUGUUUCAUCAAGGAGAUGGAGUUCUGGAAAAUAGACCAAGAUGUUUUGGAUGAAUGCUGUAAAAGUUACCUAAAUGAGAAGGAGGAGGAGUUAACAGAGAUUGCAAACAAAGUGAAGGUGAUUCUGGAGGAUCUGGAUGUGGAUCAGUGCAUUACGCGCACCCAGCGGUGCCAGAGGUUCUUGUGGAGGCUGAUGGAGAAGCCUGGAUCCUCCGUGCCGGCGCGCGUCAUUGCCAUCGCGUCUUUCCUUUCCAUCCUGGUUUCGGCGGUGGUGAUGUGCGUGGGGACCAUCCCGGAGCUCCAGGUGACGGACGCAGAGGGGAAACUGGUGGAGCACCCGACCCUGGAGGCGAUUGAGACUGCCUGCAUGUUAUGGUUCACCGCGGAGUACCUGCUGCGCCUCGCGUCCUCUCCAAACAAGCUGCACUUUGCGCUCUCCUUCAUGAACAUCAUAGACUUUAUGGCCAUCAUGCCUUUCUACGUUGUCCUAUCCCUCACCUACCUCGGCACCACAUCCAUGAUGGAGCUUACUAACGUCCAGCAAGCUGUCCAGGCGCUUCGCAUCAUGCGCAUCGCGCGUAUUUUCAAGCUGGCGCGCCACUCCUCUGGGCUGCAGACUCUGACCUACGCGCUCAAGAGGAGUCUCAAAGAGCUGGGGCUGCUCCUCAUGUACAUGGGCGUGGGGAUCUUUGUGUUCUCAGCGCUGGCCUACACUAUGGAGCAAAGCCAUCCAGAGACACUUUUCAGAAGCAUCCCGCAGUCUUUCUGGUGGGCCAUCAUCACCAUGACCACGGUGGGCUACGGAGACAUCUACCCCAAAACAACGCUGGGCAAGUGCAACGCAGCCGUGAGCUUCUUGUGCGGAGUGAUAGCCAUCGCCUUGCCCAUCCAUCCCAUCAUCAAUAACUUUGUGGUGUUCUACAAUAAGCAGAAAGUGUUGGAAACUGCGGCGAAGCACGAGGUGGAGCUGAUGGAGCUGAAGUCUGGCAGGGAGGCGCGCAGAAAAAGCAGGGAUUGAGAGGAGACUGUGGA